AACCACCAUUUAUUCCUGAAUUUGUCAAUUUCUGGCUUUUUCUUUCCCUCUUUAUCUUUUCAUUUCUACCUCCGUUCCUUUUUUUUCUUCUUUCUCAUUCACAGUGCUUUUGGUCUUCCGUCGCCCACCACCACCAUAUCUAUGUAUCAGGUAUAUCGCGCUCUCUCUCUCCACCGCCCCCAAUCGGAUCUAGCUGCCCUACUCCGACCUCGAAUUUUCUUCAACGCUUUAAUCUUUCCGAUUAUUGAUUGUGAAUGAGUUGUGAAUGGAUAUGGAAUCUCGGAGUAAUUUGGGGGAUUCCUCCUCUUGUGCUUUAUGCCAUAGAAUUCUUUCAUCGGACAAUGAGGCUGACGAGAUUGACGCUAUCAGUGUAUGCGGUGAUUGCAAAUUUUUGUUGCUGGAAGAUUUCGACACGGCCUCGGCCUCGGCCUCGCCUGAUGUGUAUCGUAGGAGAAGGAGUGUAUCAAGGAGAAGAUUCGACAGCUCUGAGUCCAUGGAGAGUAUGUUCUCGCAGCAAUUUUCACAAAUGAUCAGCCUCGCAGCACGGCAAAACCCCUCCAGUGACGAUGCUCAUUCUGUGGAAGGAGUGCGGCAAAGCCAAAGUGGAUCUAGAAGAUGGAGGAGAGUCUUGUCUGAUACCGAAAGUGAGGGUUUUGAUUCUCUCUAUGGUGAGUCUGAGUCCAAUGCUAGCUUUAGGAGAUAUAGGGCUGUUCAUGAUAGUGACUCCGAUGCUUCAGUUGAUGCUCGGAGCGAGAUAGACAGUGAUAGUGAUAAUGAUAUCGACCCCAUGAAUGCUGGUACUUUCCAAUGGAAUUCGGAAGAUGACAGUGAAGCUGAAGCUCAGCCAAAUGUGUUCAUCAAUUGGCGCAGCCCCCCUCGAGUUAUGGGUACAUUUCCUCUCAGUAUACGCCAGCGGAUACAAGCACACACUGGCGACUUGUUAACCAAUUUGGAAGAGUCUUAUGUUGGGAAUUCGGGGGAUUAUCUUGAUGCCAGAGGCUUUGAAGAUCUUCUCGAUCAUCUUGCUGAAAGUGAAAGUUCAAGGAGAGGGGCACCUCCUGCUUCUCUAUCGUAUAUAAACAAUCUGCCAUGUCUCACCAUUAAUGGAGACAACAAGCAGCAGGAGUGUGCAAUCUGCAAGGACUCCUUCACUCUUGGCAUUCUUGUCAAUCAGCUUCCCUGUUUGCACAUCUAUCACCCUUCCUGCAUCUUGCCGUGGUUAGCUGCAAGAAAUACAUGCCCGCUUUGCCGCUAUGAGCUUCCAACUGAUGAAAAAGAAAGACAUGGGAUAGUUGAUGAUAUCCAUGAGCAUGAGCAUCGCUUGAUUGACGAUACUUCUUUGGAUGAUGCAGCUGUAGUGGAUCAACUCUCUCAACUUGAGGUUGAUGCAGGUGCAGGGGACGCUCCAAGAAAUAGAUGGUUCUUCCUUGCUGCUCCAAUUGUCAGUAUUCUUGGCAUAUCUCUCAUUCUGUGGUUUGGCGAUUCUUCUGCAGCUAGAUUGUGCCCAAGUGGGCCACCUCCUUGCCGUCGGGAUAAUAACCACAGGAGAUGGUGGUCGUUUUUCUAACCAAGCUCAAUCCAGCAUUAUCAAUGGCCUUUUUUAUGAAUUACUUAAGAGUUAUGUCUGUUGUAUAUGCUUUUUAUGUUUCAUCUUAGACUACUUAUUCUGUAUUUAUAUUUCAUCUACUCCUCCUUGUAUUUUCUGUGUUAUAUGCUGAUCCAAGAUUAUUGCUAUAGUCAAGAAAUUUGGGGUUUGGAAAA